UUAGCAUCGGACCUUACUGCAUCCUCGACACCUCCGCAGCAGCAAAAACAUCAACAACAAUAACAACAAUAAUAAUAGUAAUAAUAAUGAAGUUCGUGAGGUUCAUCAUGAAGAACGCCGCGUUGGCCAGCGUUCCUAAACACAUCGAGCAUUUCUCUAAAUUCUCUCCCUCGCCGCUCUCCAUGAAGCAAUUCCUCGAUUUCGGUUCCAUCAACGCCUGUGAGAAGACGUCCUUUGUGUUCCUGAGACAGGAGCUCCCAGUGAGGCUUUCCAACAUCAUGAAGGAGAUCAACCUGCUGCCCAACAAGCUGCUCACGACCGCGUCGGUGCAGACGGUGCAGAGCUGGUACAUCCAGAGUUUAAUGGAGAUCCUUGAAUUCCUAGACAAGAAUCCUGAUGACUUCAAAGUCUUGGGAGAGUUUGUUGACGCCUUGGUGACCAUCAGAAACCGGCACAACGAUGUGGUGCCGACUAUGGCCCAGGGCAUCAUCGAAUACAAAGAGGCCUUCCCUCAGGACCUGGUGACCAACCAGAACAUCCAGUACUUCCUGGACCGCUUCUACAUGAGCCGCAUCUCUAUUCGCAUGCUCAUCAACCAGCACACUCUUAUUUUCGAUGGAACCCUCAACCCGCUCCACCCAAACAUCAUCGGGAGCAUUGAACCCCAGUGUGAAGUCGGAGAUGUAGUCCAGGAUGCUUUCCACAGUGCCAAGAUGCUGUGUGACCAGUACUACCUCCGCUCCCCUGAUCUGAUCCUCCAGGAGAUGUGCAGCAAGAAGAAGAAGAACCUCCCUAUGAGCAUCGUGUACGUGCCCUCUCACCUCUACCACAUGCUGUUUGAGCUCUUCAAGAACGCCAUGAGGGCCACAAUUGAGACUCAUGACAACAGCAACACCCUCCCACCCAUUCACGUCAGGUUGUCCCUCGGAGACGAGGACAUGUCCAUCAAGGUGAGCGACAAGGGUAGAGGUGUCCCCUUUCGGAGGAUCGAGAACUUCUUCAGCUACAUGUUCUCCACCGCUCCGACUCCACAGAUGGGAGAGCACACACGGCCUCCGCUGGCUGGCUUCGGCUACGGUCUGCCCAUCUCCCGCCUCUACGCCCAGUACUUCCAGGGGGACCUGAAGCUCUACUCCAUGGAGGGCCACGGCACGGACGCCGUCAUCUACUUGAAGGCGCUGUCCACAGACUCCAUCGAGAGGUUGCCGGUGUACAACAGAACCGCUCUGAAGAACUACAAAGUGAGCCAAGAAGUGGACGACUGGUGCAUACCCAGUAAAGAGCCUCUGGAUCUGAGCGUCUAUAAGGUUCCCAAGUGAAAAUGGCCGACGUACCACGAAGCCUUCACAGUUUUCUUCAUAUUCCGAUGUGUGCGGCGGAACUUUUUUCCCUAAUGAGAGAGUCGUCUCCAGACUUAACUAAUCGUUUUAAAGUUAGUUUUUUUUUAGCAAACUUCAUUGUUGUUUUUAGCCCCGCCCCCCCUGUUGUCCUUUUGGACGGGACUUCGGGAGAUGCGGCUCCGGUGUUGCACCGUGUGCAGCGGAGAGGAAGGGCGUGGUCCGGGGGAGCUGUAGGAGAGGACCGAUGCAGAGGAGGGUUUAAAAUGUUCCCGUUUUAAGACGCCCCACACGCUGCAGAUGUUUGAGCAGCGGCAUACGGAGGCUUAGGAUCCUGCCGGAAGAGUCACCCCGAAGGCUCAUUUCAUCGAAAUACUUUAAGUAUCUGAACUAAUACUCGUGCUGCACCGAGAACUGUAAUACUGUGUGGAUCCGUAGAUCUGUUCAAAUGUCCGACUUUUAAAAUGGAGUCGUUGUUGUGCUCUCUGCAUGGAUUCUUUUCAUGAUUCUCAGUGUUUCGCGUCGACUGAUAAGGGACGGCGUUAUCUUAGCCUCGGUCUUUCUGGCUGAGUGCAGUCCAUUCUUCUUCUGUGCAUUCGUUUGCAUUCAUUACGGAGACAGAGAGAGGAUUGACAGAGCAGUGCUCUGUGAUGGAGCAUGCUUUUAGAGCCGGCCACAGGGGGUCGGCCCCACUUUAGUUAGUGAGGUUCAACCCUUCCAGCUGAGGCCGGUGUUAUUAAAACCACGGCAGGGACCUGGGAGGCCAGUCUCAGCUUGUUUAUUGCACUGUGCCAUAUGAGACAUAUUUCCAGGGUCCUUAAUGUGUUUGUUGAAAAUACACAGAUUUCUUUUGUAUUAAAUGUAUCUUGAGAGUUGAAAGGUUUUUUUUUUUAUAGCUAUACGCGACUAGAAAGAUUGUACAUUGUGUGAAUACAGUCUAAAUAAUAUAGAAAAACUGUAAAGUACACAAUGCUUUUGUCUGUGUGUCACGGUCUUGUGGUUGUUUGGGAAUGUGAGACUCAUGCAGCCUGAAGGCUGAGAGCCUAAAGGGAGUUCUAAUAACAAAGAAUAAGCUUAUUUUUCUCUGAAAAGAGGUGGAGGUGAGUGUUAGUAAUGCAGUAGUGAAAGAUAACCGCACAUUUACUUGUUGCUGUACUUGAUUUCGAGGUACUCGUUUUCCUACACACUGCAUAAUACACACUACAAGUUCUGUGUGUACUUUGGCAGCCUUUAUUGUGUGUGUCUACCAGUUGUGUAUUAUCAUUUGUGUGCUUUGCAUGACAUUGUGUUAGGGGACAGUACCUUUUUAUGUUUUUAAGAGCAUUGUUUUUAGUAAAUAUAUAUAUAUUUUUUUAUUUAUUUAAAGAAAAAAGACAUUUUGUAUAUUAUAAAUAAAAGGGUAAUAAGUUUAAUAAAAGGAACAAAAAUAAACUGGGGACAACAAAUAAAUCUCCCUCGUGUUAGCAUUUUUUUUUAAAGAAGAAAAUCAAAAAACGGACCACUGACUUUAAGAUUUCAUUUUUAAUAUGUAUGUAUCCUGCAGGUGUGAAUGAGGCUCAGUUUACAGCAGCGGCUGACGUGUCCAGAGAGCCACGGAGGAGUGAAAGAAUCCAGCAGUGCCCUUCUACUUAUCUUAUGCAAACACAGGGCUGAUACUAGACUCGCCAUAGCAACAGGGCCAGCUACAUUACAGCCACAGGAACAUCUAGUGUGUGUGUGUGUAAAACAUAAGGGGAGCAAUGCCAAUGACUCAUGUUUGAUUAUGUUUUAAAGAGCGAUUCACUCUGCACUUUUCAUUUUGAUGAUAGAUCCAAGGCCUUCACGUGAAUCUGCUUUAACCGUUUUUCACACUUCAACACUCCGUGGAUCAUGUCCAGAAUGUGCACUGACAGAAAGCACAAGGUUUACAGUUUUACGGCUCCGUGGCGUCAAAAUUAAUAAUAAAGUACUAAUUGCACGUCUACGUAUGCAACCAGUCAGUGAAAAUAACACCUGUACUAAGAUGCUGAUGAGGUCGUUUUCAGACAUUGGUUGAGUUUCUCCUCAUGCUGGUGUGAAGAGAGUGACUUUGAACAUUUAAGUUAAGUGUGAAAUAAACACUUAUAUUGGUAUAUAUGGUAAUAUGUUUGAAAAAGAACAUGCAGACAUAUUUAAUAUGUUCAUCAUGUGAUUUAUUUAUUUUAAUUUUAGCACUAACAUGGCCUCCGUCCUGUGAACUGCUCUACAGUAUGUAUGUAGACCCUGGUCACGGUUUCACACAUUGUCUGCUUCCUUUAUAUAUUUUUUUAACCUGUCAACAAAUUAAAAAAAUGUCUACAUUUAAACCAAAAUUGUUGAUCCCAGUGUCAUUCAGGUAUCCAAUAAUGCAUUCAGUUAAAUCAGCCUUUCAAUAUAGAGCCCUGGCUUCAAUUGUGUAGUUUUCUCACAAAUUUAUGAACAUGCAAUUUCCCUGGUGUCCACUAGGGGCAUCGCUGCUGUAUUAUGGAUCAAUGCACUGUUUGACAUAAUGCAUUAAAGUGUGUCAUAUACAACAGAG